ACACGCAGCUUGAGGCGAGCGGUUCUUGCGCGCGCUUGCACUCCGUCUAACCACUUUUAACCAAAACGCUAAAAGCUACUAACCCACAGCAGAGACUCAGUAGAAGUCGGGAUCGCGACGCGAGCGCAGAGUUCUGAGAGUGUUGUGUAAAUAGAAAUUAAAAGACAAAUUACGCGUCUCAUACAAUACAAAAAAAAAGUUUUAAAAAUAUCAAAAAAAAAAAAAAGGAAUAAAAACAAUAAACAUUAAAGUAAAUAAUUGAGGAGAAACCUAGCUGGUUGAUUGAUUGUGGUGGGCGUUUAAAGUUGAAUUCUGAUUCACACUUACGAAUAAAUCCAGCAUCGAGUGGAGAACAUACGGAUAUUUUAGUAUCGAACAUUGCGCAUACGCCGCAUUGCACUUUGAAGAAAAAGAAACAGCAGCUUGAAGGUUCCAGAGGAAACGAAUCAAUCGAGCAGACAGACAAGAUGAUUUCGCGCCGCAAGAUCAUAUCGCGUUCCCUGGACAAUUUGGAUGCCAUAGGGCAAGACGAGCAAGAGGAAGAUGUCUGGCAAGAUCGCGAGAAGCUCUUCAGGGAUCACAUUAAUGAGGUUCUGGCCAAGUGGGAGCAGAUCGACGACGAAAUCUGGGCCAAGAUUAUUGUCUUUGAGAAAAAUCGACGCGUGGCCAAGGCCUAUGCCCGUUCCUCUGUGAUAACCAUAAAUGGAUCUAAGAACGGCUUCGAUGGAGUGCGCAUUGGCCUGAAUGGAUUUGAGAAUCCUAUGCGCGAUGCCGAAACGAAGGUGAUCAAAAAAUCCAUUGGAGACGGCUUCAAAAUCAAAAUGGACGACAUCGGCAAUAUAUUCAUUAAACGUUACGGCAAGAGCAGCAUCUAUGUGAACAGCACAUCACAGGGUAAUGAGGAGACUGUGAUCGGUGGAGAUAUAAUACAGAUGCCCCAAAUGUCCCUCACCGGCGGCACGUCGGCUAAGCUGUUCGACAUGAAAAAGUUUCAGACGAAUAUUAACCGGGAAUUCGCCCGCACAUAUCCGGAGCGUGGGCGGUUGGAGCGCCAGUGCCUCUCCGCCGUUUCCCUGGUCAAGUCAAAUAACAAUCUAAUCAAUUCUCCGGUCUGGAUACUCGUGGUCAAUGUGGUGGCCAUGGAUAUGCUGAGGAGCAGGCUACAGACUAUGCCCAAGUCGUUGGAUGCUCUGGGAAUGCGAGUGCCAUUGACGCAGAGCAGCGAGGAUCCGUAUUCCACAAUCGAGAGCCAGGUGGGACUCAUCUAUCCGACACCAGCGGCUUCCGAUGACUCGCAGAACUCCCAGAAUUCAAGCAACUCUAGCAAGGGAAGGCGUAGCAUCUUCAGUGCUGCCUUCCUUAACGAAGGACCCUAUGUGCCCAAGCCUGACUAUGAAUCCGGAUCAUUGGCUCCCAUCUAUGCUGACAAAAAGCGCCAAAAGAGCAGCACCACGCAGCAACGUAAAAAGCAGGAUGAUCCUUAUUAUUGUGGCCUGCUGGCCAGGAUUCCCAAUUUCAUCAAGUCCUCGAAACAGCCUUGCAACGGCACUGGCGCCAGCAAGCCCAAGAAGGAGCCGAAGAUCUCGAGGAAGAUCUCGGCUCAGCAUCACCAGAAGGAAUUCCUGCCGGCCCAGCCAAUUCCCAUCGCCACCUUCCAUCACUCUUACUUCCCCUACAAGCUCUAUCCUCCCCAGCAUCGUCUCUCCCAAUCGCAGAUGUCCCUCUGGGAUGCACGUAGUCUGAUCAGUGCACAUGAAUGAUCAACCAGCUGGCCCUAAUUUAUUCAAUGUCUAGCAUUAAUUCUACAAUUAUUUAGUCAAACGCAUACGAUUUAGUUUUGGUCAGAGGAUCCAUGGAUCAGUGAAUCAUGUGGAGUGCAUUUCGCUCAGUUUUGUGAUAAAUGCAGCGAAAUGCAGCCAUUUAGCGUAUACCCACUACUUAAUACGCACUAACUUUAAUUAACCGCAGUUUAUUUUAAGACAACCAGAGAGAUUUAAUGAUUAUGCAAUUUGUAAUGAGUAAUUAAAAUUUUGCCAUAGUUUUUUAAAUCGUUUAAGACUGAGAGAAUGUCCUAGAGCCCAAGUAUAGAGCACACUGGAUUAAAUAACGAGGAGAGUCGAUAAUGGGGGCAGAAAAUGUCAUAAGCAAAUCAAUUGCUACUUUAGGCGAGUUCAAUUUAUUGUUUUUUUCUUAUUAUUUGCUGUACAUACAUUUCAUAUGUAAAUAAGUUCGAAUAAAAUAUGUAAACGAUUAAGUAUGCAUUAAAAGAAAGAUAUAAAAUUAUAAA